GAAGUUACGUUACACGGGCCGCCGCUGACGGGCGGCCGGGUCGGGGGCGGGAGGGCGCCUGUGGUCGGAAGGGAGGUCCGCCGGUCCGGCCGCGCCGCCCCAGUGCUCUGUGGGAUACUGGAAGUCUCGAGCGUCUCCUCCCGCUGGCCAAGCCCUCCUCCGGGCCCGCGACGCGUAGAAAGAAGCAGUCCCCGCCACACACACACACACACACACACUCACGCACACACACACGCACUCCCCCCUCCCCCGCCUCCCCUUCUCUUCCCUCUCCGCCUUCCCCCUUCCCACCCCCCUCGCGAUAAGAAGACCCGGCGGCUGGAGAGGGGAUGAAGAUGGCGGACGCGAAGCAGAAGCGGAACGAGCAGCUGAAGCGCUGGAUCGGCUCCGAGACGGACCUCGAGCCUCCCGUGGUGAAGCGCCAGAAGACCAAGGUGAAGUUCGACGAUGGCGCCGUCUUCCUGGCGGCUUGUUCCAGCGGCGACACGGACGAGGUGCUCAAGCUGCUGCACCGCGGCGCCGACAUCAAUUACGCCAAUGUGGACGGACUCACUGCCCUGCACCAGGCUUGUAUUGAUGACAAUGUUGAUAUGGUGAAGUUUCUGGUAGAAAAUGGAGCAAAUAUUAAUCAGCCUGAUAAUGAAGGCUGGAUACCUCUGCAUGCAGCUGCUUCCUGUGGAUAUCUUGAUAUUGCAGAGUUUUUGAUUGGCCGGGGAGCACAUGUAGGAGCAGUUAACAGUGAAGGGGAUACUCCUUUAGAUAUUGCUGAGGAGGAGGCAAUGGAAGAGCUGCUUCAAAAUGAAAUUAAUCGGCAAGGUGUUGAUAUAGAAGCAGCUCGUAAGGAAGAAGAACGAAUAAUGCUUAGAGAUGCAAGACAGUGGCUAAACAGUGGUCAUAUAAAUGAUGUCAGACAUGCAAAAUCUGGAGGUACAGCACUUCACGUUGCAGCUGCUAAAGGCUACACAGAAGUUUUGAAACUUUUAAUACAGGCAGGCUAUGAUGUUAAUAUUAAAGAUUAUGAUGGCUGGACACCUCUUCAUGCUGCAGCUCACUGGGGUAAAGAAGAAGCCUGUAGAAUCUUAGUGGAUAAUCUUUGCGAUAUGGAGAUGGUCAACAAAGUGGGCCAGACAGCCUUUGAUGUUGCAGAUGAAGACAUUUUAGGAUAUUUAGAGGAGUUGCAAAAGAAACAAAAUUUGCUCCACAGUGAGAAGCGAGAGAAGAAAUCACCACUAAUUGAAUCAACAGCCAAUAUCGACAAUAAUCAAUCACAGAAGACCUUUAAAAACAAAGAAACAUUAAUUAUUGAACCAGAGAAAACUGCAUCUCGUAUUGAAUCUCUGGAACAAGAAAAGGUUGAUGAUGAAGAAGAAGGAAAGAAAGAUGAAUCUAGCUGCUCCAGUGAAGAAGAUGAGGAAGAUGACUCAGAAUCAGAAGCUGAAACAGAUAAGACAAAACCAAUGGCUUCUGUAACUAAUACCAAUACUUCUAGUACACAAGCAGCUCCUGUAGCUGUCACAACACCUACUGUAUCGUCUGGCCAGGCAACACCUACAUCACCUAUUAAAAAGUUUCCAACCUCUUCUACAAAGAUUUCUCCUAAAGAAGAAGAGAGAAAAGAUGAGUCUCCUGCAUCUUGGAGGCUAGGACUUAGAAAGACGGGCAGUUAUGGUGCCCUGGCAGAAAUCACAGCGUCUAAAGAGGCACAGAAGGAUAAAGAUAUGGCAGGUGUUAUGCGUUCAGCUUCAAGUCCCAGACUUUCCUCCUCUUUGGAUAAUAAAGAGAAGGAGAAAGAUAGUAAAGGAACUAGGCUUGCAUAUGUUGCGCCUACAAUACCAAGACGACUAGCCAGCACAUCUGAUAUUGAAGAAAAAGAAAACAGAGACUCUUCAAGUUUACGAACAAGUAGUUCUUAUACAAGAAGGAAAUGGGAUGAUGAUCUCAAAAAGAAUAGCUCAAUUAAUGAAGGCUCAACUUACCAUAGAAGUUACUCGUUUGGUAGAAGACAAGAUGAUUUGAUUAGUUCUAGUGUUCCAAGCACCACAUCAACACCAACAGUUACCUCUGCAGCUGGGCUUCAGAAAAGCCUGCUUUCCAGCACAUGCGCCACUACCAAGAUUACAACGGGUUCUUCCUCAGCAGGCACACAAAGCAGUACCUCAAAUCGUUUGUGGGCUGAGGAUAGUACUGAAAAAGAAAAGGACAGUGUUCCUACGGCAGUGACCAUUCCUGUUGCUCCAACUGUUGUAAAUGCUGCAGCCUCUACCACAACCCUGACUACAACUACUGCUGGCACUGUGUCCUCUACAUCAGAGGUCAGGGAGAGACGCAGAUCAUACCUCACUCCUGUUAGAGAUGAAGAGUCUGAAUCCCAAAGAAAAGCAAGAUCUAGACAAGCAAGACAGUCUAGAAGAUCAACACAGGGGGUGACACUGACUGAGCUUCAAGAAGCUGAGAAAACAAUUGGAAGAAGUCGUUCUAUCAGAACUAGAGAACAAGAAAAUGAAGAAAAAGAAAAAGAGGAAAAAGAAAAACAGGAUAAAGAGAAGCAAGAAGAAAAGAAGGAGUCAGAAACUUCUCGAGAAGAUGAAUAUAAACAAAAGUAUUCCAGAACAUAUGAUGAGACUUACCAGCGUUACAGACCAGUAUCAACUUCAAGUUCAACCACUCCAUCCUCUUCACAUUCUACCAUGAGCAGUUCACUCUAUGCUUCCAGUCAACUAAACAGGCCAAAUAGUCUUGUAGGUAUAACGUCUGCUUACAGAGGAUUAACAAAAGAAAAUGAAAGAGAGGGAGAAAAGAGAGAAGAAGAAAAAGAAGGAGAAGAUAAAUCACAAAGUAAAUCUAUCAGAGAAAGACGGCGACCUAGAGAGAAAAGAAGAUCUACGGGAGUUUCAUUUUGGACACAAGAUAGUGAUGAAAAUGAACAAGAACAACAGUCAGAUACAGACGAAGGAUCCAAUAAGAAAGAAACUCAGACGGAUUCCAUCUCUAGAUAUGAAACCAGUUCCACAUCAGCUAGUGAUCGGUAUGAUUCCUUGCUGGGUCGCUCUGGAUCAUACAGUUACUUAGAUGAAAGAAAAUCUUACAGCAGCCGGCUAGAAAAGGAUGACUCAUCUGACUUUAAAAAGCUUUAUGAACAAAUUCUAGCUGAAAAUGAAAAGCUAAAAGCACAGCUACAUGAUACAAACAUGGAAUUGACAGAUCUUAAAUUGCAGUUGGAAAAGGCUACCCAGAGACAAGAAAGAUUUACUGAUAGGUCACUAUUGGAAAUGGAAAAAAGGGAACGAAGAGCUCUAGAAAGAAGAAUAUCUGAAAUGGAAGAAGAGCUUAAAAUGUUACCAGACUUAAAAGCAGACAACCAGAGGCUAAAGGAUGAAAAUGGGGCCUUGAUCAGAGUUAUAAGCAAACUUUCUAAAUAAAAAAAAUAAAGCAGCAAAUAAUGGAAUUGCACAUAUUAGUUACCCAAAUGGACCAUACUUUACAGUCAAUGGAAAUCUGAGAAGAAUCCUUGAAGACUGUCAUUUUUGGAUAUCCUGCCAAAUACCCACUUACUAGAAUUUGUUUUUGUUUAAUUUCAUUUUUUUCUUGUAUCAAGACCAUUGUUUCAUGUUAAUGCAGCUGCUGAGAAGAUUUUUUUAAUGACUGAGAAAACUUGUUUACAGCUCUAGCAUAUAAGGAAAGUGUUCAAGGCCAGAUAUGCCUCAGAUAUUUAACCAGUAAGCCUUAGUUGUACAUAAAUACUUUUGUGUCAACAAAAACUUUCAGCUCUCACAGAAGACAGUUAUUCAACAUUUUUUGAUGUGCCACAAUUCAGUUUUUUUAUAUUUAAUUUUUUUUCCUUACAUCUAAGUUUGGGUUUGUAUCUUUUCCUCCUAACUCUUCAUGUGGCAGACUUUUCUGUGUUUCCACAACUUUCUCUGACUGAAAAAAAAAAAGGAAAAAAGGAAAAAAAAAAUCCACUUGUUCUUCUGAUAUCAUUGUCAUGCAUUAGGUUAAUGCUGUGUUUUUGUCUCCCACCUGGAACUAAAUUGCUCGGUGGAACAUUUGCUUUCACUGUUUGUGCAAUAUGCAUUUAUUUCUUAUAUGAAUGCUUUAAAGUCAAUUGAGAUUAGAUGUUUUUAAGACCUACUUUCUGCCUUCAUUGGUCACUUUUUUGUUUCUGUUUGUUUUUUACUAUUGUAGUAUAAAAACGUUAGUUCUGUAAUCUUCACAUUUAUUUUAGCAGGUACUGAGUGAUGCUGUAUAUAUAAAUAAGUGUAUUAUUUUGAUUUUUAAACCACCACAUGGCAUGCUUGACUCUUAUUUCUCUUAUUUCAAAUGUCUGUUAAAGUAGGUUACUCCAUGAUAGUGUUAAAAACAAAAUUUGCUUAAAAAUGUGAUAGACUUUAAAAAUAACACAUUAUAUGGAGCCCUAUCUUUACAAGAGUUUUCUACUGUAAAGUGCUUUUACUUUGAUUUUCAGUUUUCAUUUGAUAGUAUUCAACCAUAAUUAAAGUUGCAUAAGAUAAUUGCUUCACAUUUCACAUUACGUAUAUUUAUCUGAGUGCUGUCUAAAACUGUUGUGCUAGCCAAAGUAGUGAUCUGAAUCAUUUACAGACUUUAACCCCUCAGUUAAUGGUAAAUGCACUGUUAAUUGCCAUGUGAAGAGGCAUUGACUUUGAUACCACCAUCAUGUUCAAAUCAUUUUAUACAUUUCAGUGGCCUUUUUUUAAAAAGAAAGGAAAAAAAGCAAAAUCAAGUCACAGUUAAAAUGGCUUUUAUUUGGACAAAUAGCUUUUAUAUUUUCAUUAAACCAUGCAAAAAAAAUUUACAUCUUUCUGGCACAUAACUGUCUCCCUAACCACUGAGCAGUUCAGCCAUUUGAAUAAAUUGUACAUUGUAAAGCAUAUUGUAGCUAAUUGUAUUAUUGAUUGUAUUGUAUACUAUAUUAAAUGUGAAUUUGUAGCCCCUUCAUUUUAAAAGGUCAUUGUGUUCUACUGCCUAUUUUUAAUUACUUUGGGAUUGGGAUAGGGUGUUUCGGUAAGCAGGAUUUUAAAUCCUCUUUCUUGAUUGGUUUUAUGAAGAUAUAAGGUUAUGCUCUUACUACCAAGCUCAGGAUUCUUGUUUUUUAAAGGUACAAGGAUAGUUGUGGGAGCUUUAUUUCUGGUUAUAUUUGAACUGUAUGAAUGGUGGGUCUGAAUAUAGAGAAUUUCCCUGGUCUUAAAGAGACAUAAAAUAUACAGAUGACAGAUCAGUUUGAGUGACUGCAACGUGUCCUGGUUGCACAACAGUUAGACGUCUAAGGAUGAUAUUUGUGGAGUUCGGGUGUUUGUGAAGAAUGGUGAAAUACAUGUUUCUGAUAUUUUCGUGUUUUGUAUUUAGGUUAUUUAUUCUUUGUAUCUAAAACUGAACAGCUACUGUGCUAUAUUGAUUUUAUUGGUAGUAUUGAGCAGACCUUGUUUCUGCAUGAAACUAGUUGCAAAACCCACUAUUUUGGAAAUAAAAAUGUAUUUUGACAUAUACAAAUAAAAUGAAUAAAAUUA